AUGAGGUGGCCAGUUACCUGGACAGUAAUUGCCAUGAUGCUGAUUCAUCUUGUGAUGUUCAUCGAACGAGUUUUGGCCACAAGAUGUAAAAGUAACUAUGAGCAAAUGGGUUACAGGUUCGGCGUUAUUUCAACCUACCUAAUUGUAAGUUCUUUAAUGAUGCAAGAAAAAAACUGGCGUGCUUGUUCCGCACGUCACGGUAAUUAUGACAAGAGGAUGCUAAAAACAAAGGGGUCUUAAUCACUUCUUACAAUUAGCAAGGGACGUAGAGAAGCAUAAUCUAACUGUUUGGCAGUGAAUCAGAGAAGAUAAAUUGAAAAAGAACGCUAAAGGAUUUGCAGGAUAAAAUCCAAUAUUGUGUACAUUCAAUUGUUUUCAGUGGCUGACAACAUGCGCGGUAUGCUACUACUCGUUCACCGUCAAGGACUACGGCGCGCCAUUAGCGUACUGCUUAGGGACGAUACCUGACAAUGAAGAGCGAGUGCGCAAAUUGUUGGCAGUAACUCUCCCACUAGACAUUACAAUUACUUUCGGCGACUUUGCGUUACAAUCUAUCAAUCGGCGGAAGAAAAGAACAGCGUAAUACAAUUUUUAUAAUUUCAAAAUCCCAAGUAGACGCAAAAUAGUACAAUGCAGUUUACAUCAUAGACGAAGAAACCAGUUGUAUAAUUAUCGCUUAAAAAUGCUUUCAGAGUAUAUACAGACUAUACGUUAACCCGGUCCUAUCAAAUAGAGGAGAAUUAUUUCACAAGUCGGGUAGUAUUCCCGGUAUCGCUGACCCACUCGUUAUGUUAUACAGUAUAUCUGGCGGUGACGACCUGGGUUCGCAACAAAUUCACAUACAAAGAUGAUCCAGUUCUGUUUGUUACACUGAUCAUGUCGGCUCAUAAUGUAAGUAUCCAUGAAUGUUAUAAGUUUGCUUAUUAGGGUGUCCCAUAA